UAUACAGGAUUGUUUUUGAAAAAAGUGGGGGUGGUCCGAUGUUGGAAUACCAGUUGUUUCAGAUUUUACUGGACAUGAUCAUGGGCAGUACGAUAGUGAAAUGUGCAGCUACAGACCUGGGAAUCCAGUGGGCUGGAUGGGCCAUAGCAGCAGCUCUCAAAACCGAGAAGUUCUAUGACUUAGCAGGGUCUGGCACAUUUAUAUUACUCGCCCACCUGAGUCGCUAUUGGGGAGGGACUCAUCAUUUGAGGCAAAAUGUGCAGACUGGAUUGGUGACAGCAUGGGGAGUAAGGCUUGGAACAUUCCUCUUCAUGCGGAUCUUGAAGGACGGCCAGGAUCGCAGGUUUAACAAUGUCAGAGACAGCCCAGGGACAUUCUUUGUGUACUGGAGUGUUCAAGCUGUUUGGGUGUUCAUGACCCUCCUGCCUACCCUCAUCCUGAACAGUGAGCAGCGAGAUGAGCCAUUGGGCCUGAGGGACUACCUGGGCUGGGGGAUAUGGGGCCUUGGCUUUGCCACGGAAGCCAUUGCUGACCAGCAGAAGUGGUUCUUCAAAGGAGACCCAGAUAAUGCUGGAAAGUUCAUCCAGAGCGGGCUGUGGGGCUACAGCCGUCACCCUAACUACCUUGGCGAGAUACUGCAGUGGUCUGGACUCUUCCUCUCCGCCUCGUCAGUGAUGAAGGGUCCCCAGUAUGCCAGUGUGCUAUCUCCUCUGUUUGUCUGGUUCCUGCUGCGUCACGUCAGUGGCAUUCCCAUCUUGGAGAAGCAGGCCAUGAAGAAGUGGGGCUCAGACCCUGCUUUCCAAAACUACGUCAAGAACACUCCUCUCCUUUGGCCAAUUCCCAAGUUCUGAUGUGUUACAUACUUUCUAAUAGGGUGUUCUGGCACAAGGGGAACUUACUGAACAGGACCACUGUAAUCAUCAAGUACCCAAUUUGCUGGUUGUCUUUGAUAUUCUCAUAUCGAAGUACACAUACACACACAGAAACUUCAAGUUUUAACUUUAUGGUGUGACACAAGUCACCCAGAUAAAACACCCAGAAAUUCUGACAGACAUGAAUGUUGUACUUGCACAAAUGUUUUGAUAAACAGGUUUAUUUAUAUGCAA